AUGGCAGCACUACCGCAUGUUCCGACCGCAUCAAAGGAAUUACUACUCCCUGACGGUCACCAUCUUUGCGAAAAGGAUCAGUCAAUCCCCGCCCGAUCAAAGCUUGACCUCGCUAUCACAACAGCAAAACACAAGCGCUCUAUAUUUUGGUCGACUUUCCCAUGCUCAAUGUGGUUUGAGACCAAUGCGAAGGUCGAAGUCUAUUGUGUCAACCACCAGAAUUGCAAAUUCAAGCACGAGAGAGGAUGGCAGGGAGUGAUUAUUGGCAAGGGCAUUCAUGGAUCCAUUAACGCUCUGUUAGCUUGGUUCAAGUACAAAAACAAGGCAUUAAAGACAAGUACACCCUUGAUGGGCCUAUUGACUGUCUGUGCCGAGUGUCGCGGCGAACUGGAUUUCUGGUAUGAGGCUAAUCAUGUGGAUCAGAUCAUUAACAGGACUUCUGGAAGCUUGAUCCUUGGUCUAUCAGACAAAGAGGUUGAAGAAGUGGCCUCUAGCAAAGCAAUCAUUAUGGAGGGGGCGCUUAUGGAUAUGAUCGAGACAGUGGCCAUAGAUGGCCAAUGGACGAAGUGGCACAUGUUGACGCCAGUUUUCAAGAACUGAUAGAUGAGCUGGACGAGGAAUUGGUUCCAAGACAUUCUUUUGAGUUUGAAGUUACAUGUAUGUUGAUG